UACUCAACAAUAAAAAGUAAAAGGCUAUUGAUACAACAUGGAUGUCUUAAAAAUCAUAUCUCCGACUACAGGAUAUGGCGGGGUCCGGGCACUGUGCGGCUGGGCCCCCAGCUCUGGGGCCAUGCCACAGAACCGCUUACUGCUGCAGCUUUUGGGGUCACCCGGCCGCCUCUGUUACAGUCUUCCCCCACAUCAGAAGGUUCCAUUGCCUUCUCUUUCCCCCACAAUGCAGUCAGGCACCAUAGCCUAUUGGGAAAAAAAAGAGGGGGGCAAAAUCAACGAAGGUGACCUAAUUGCAGAAGUUGAAACUGAUAAAGCCACUGUUGGAUUUGAGAGCCUGGAGGAGUGUUAUAUGGGAAAGAUACUUGUUGCUGAAGGUACCAGGGAUGUUCCCAUUGGAGCGAUCAUCUGUAUCACAGUUGGCAAGCCUGAGGAUAUUGAGGCUUUUAAAAAUUAUACAUUGGAUUCCUCGGCAGCACCUACCCUACAGGCGGCCCCAGCACCAACCCCUGUUGCCACUGCUUCACCACCUACACCUUCUGCUCAGGCUCCUGGUAGCUCAUAUCCCCCUCACAUGCAGGUAUUACUUCCUGCCCUCUCUCCCACCAUGACCAUGGGCACAGUUCAGAGAUGGGAAAAAAAAGUGGGUGAGAAGCUAAGUGAAGGAGAAUUACUGGCAGAGAUAGAGACUGGCAAAGCCAUUAUAGGUUUUGAAGUACAGGAAGAAGGUUAUCUGGCAAAAAUCCUGGUCCCUGAAGGCACAAGAGAUGUCCUUCUAGGAACCCCACUCUGUAUCAUUGUAGAAAAAGAGGCAGAUAUAUCAGCAUUUGCUGACUAUAGGCCAACUGAAGUAACAGAUUUAAAACCACAAGCACCACCACCUACCCCACCCCCGGUGGCCACUGUUCCUCCAACUCCCCAGCCUUUAGCUCCUACACCUUCAGCACCCUGCCCAGCUACUCCUGCUGGACCAAAGGGAAGGGUGUUUGUUAGUCCUCUUGCAAAGAAGUUGGCAGUAGAGAAAGGGAUUGAUCUUACACAAGUAAAAGGUACAGGACCAGAUGGUAGAAUCACCAAGAAGGAUAUUGACUCUUUUGUGCCUAGUAAAGCUGCUCCUGCUCCAGCAGCUGUUGUGCCUCCCACAGGUCCUGGAAUGGCACCAGUUCCUACAGAUGUCUUCACAGAUAUCCCAAUUAGCAACAUUCAUCAGGUUAUUGCACAAUGAUUAAUGCAAUCAAAGCAAACCAUACCUCAUUAUUACCUUUCUAUAGAUGUAAAUAUGGGAGAAGUUUUGUUGGUACAGAAAGAAUUUAAUAAUUUUAGAGUUAUUAAGGGAGAAGGGAGAAGCAAAAUUUCUGUCAAUGACUUCAUCAUAAAAGCUUCAGCUUUGGCAUGUCUAAAAGUUCCCGAAGCAAAUUCCUCUUGGAUGGACACAGUUAUGAGACAAAAUCACAUUGUUGAUAUCAGCGUUGCAGUCAGUACUCCUAUAGGACUCAUCACACCUAUUGUGUUUAAUGCACAUAUAAAAGGGCUGGAAACCAUUACUAAUGAUGUUGUUUCUUUAGCAACCAAAGCAAGAGAGGGUAAACUACAGCCACACGAAUUCCAGGGUGGCACUUUUACAAUCUCCAAUUUAGGAAUGUUUGGAAUUAAGAAUUUCUCUGCUAUUAUUAACCUACCUCAAGCAUGUAUUUUGGCAAUUAGUGCUUCAGAGGAUAAACUGGUUCCCACAGAUAAUGAAAAAGGGUUUGAUGUGGCUAGCAUGAUGUCUGUUACACUCAGUUGUGAUCACCAGGUGGUGGAUGGAGCAGUUAGAGACCAGUGGCUUGCUGAGUUUAGAAAGUACCUUGAAAAACCUAUCACCAUGUUGUUGUAACUAACUCAAUAGAAAGAAAAGAGAGCACCAAAGAUUGAGGGGAGAAAUCUUCCAGUGCAGGGGUAUGAAGUGCAGGGGUAUGAAGAAAAUACUCUCCCAGGUCACAAUGAUUCAUUCUUAUCAAGAUAUUUAUGUAUUAAACAGGUGGUUCGUUUUAUUUUAACCAGUUAUUUUUAUUAUUGUGUCUGUCCAGAUAAGUUAUUUAUAAUGGACAUUACUGAAUUUUUUAAAUGCCAAUUACACCCAAAUAUUGUGCACAUUUAAUAAUCAGACACCAGAUUUUUAGCUCUGUACUCCUAAUUAAGGGACAUGUGGCCUUGCCUAGCCCUCUGGUGAUAAGUACUUCCACUAGGAAAUGUAGAAUAGGUAGAAUUGUGGUUCCCUAAAGAAAAGGACAUAAAGGUAACCCGGAUGGAACCUUGAAGUUCUGAAAUUUAAUCUCCUAAACUGUUCUCCUUAGAUGUGAGAGAAGGAGAAAUCAGGAAAAUUAAUUCUCGUAGGAGAAGGGCUUGAACUGAAGCUUUACUUUAGAAUUUAACCCUGGUUUGAAAUUUUCCAUUAUAUGAUCUUGGUUUAUCAUCGAUGGGAAGGGUAGAAAACUUCAAGGAAAAUAAGUGAAAUUUUCAAAGUCAACAUUUUGUUAGACCUUUUCAGCUGAUUGUUUAUUUUUCUGUGAAUCCCUAUACACGGUUGUUUCCCUUCCUCUUGAGAUAAUCUAAAUAUAAACCAGCCACUUGAUAUAAAUGAAAAAAAUAUAUAUAUACAUCCGUGAAGACAAAGGUUGAUGGCCUUUGUGUGAGUUAUAUGGGCCCCAGUUUUUCAGUUUCUAAUCUUUUAUUCUUGGUAUGUCAUUAUUUAUUUAUUUUUAUUUUUACCUUUUCCAUUUCCCCUUUCAGGAAUAUGUCAUUAUUUAUUAGUCUAACAAAAUGUAGUGGGAAAGAGGAAGGUGCCUGCUACUUAUCAGAAAAUAAGUCAGAUAGACUACUUGAGAAAGACACUGAAGCCAAUAAAGAGAAACACUUAGAAUGCCCAGUAUGCUAAUGACUAUACUGUCUUCUACACUAUAUAUAGUACUAUAUAUAUAUAUAUAGUAUGUGCAUAUACACACACAUACGAUAUACUAUUUUUUCCUUCUAGGUAUGAAUGAUCAUAGUUCAAAUGAAUAAAAUGCAGCUAAUUCACAAAGUUUUUUUUAAUAAAAAAGUACAACUGACCUUAAUGAAAACGCAUUCCUCAAGUUUUUGAAAACCAAUCUCAGUGAAGAAAAUCUUUUGAGAAUAUCAAAUACAGCCUCUCAGUAAAGGGCAGAAGCACAAAUAGAAUACAGUUAGAUAACAGCUGAGAGGUUGACCUUGUCAUGUGAGUUAUUUACAGAUAAAUAUACCUUAUUUACUUAUUCUUCUAAGUUAAAAUUGAAACUGACAAAAUUGGGCCUUCUUACUGCCCAGUAGAGCUAUGAGAAUUUCUUUACUGAUUGAUGAAUACCAUGGAUAUUUAGUCCUUGACUCACCUCCCCUGAGUCAGUACUGUACACAAUACAAAUUUGCUUAAGAAACCCUUCCACCCUACCAUACAAGAACUUACAAAAUUCUAGGUGAGGUGAAAUAUAUCUGCAAAUGAAAUGCAGUAUAAUGACUCCCAAAUAUAGAGGUAUGUGCAGGAGUUAGAACCAAAAUAUUAAUAAACUAGUGUGGUAUGGAUGUCCAAUGAAUCAGAUCAGAUGCCAGCCCUGAAAAACUGUCCUGCCUGUCCUAAAGCACAAGAGUGGAAUAUCAGUACUGGUUACAUAUAAUGUGCUGUAGGAUUGCAUAUUUGUAUAUUUUAGUAAUUAUUGAUUCCACUGAAUAAUCAUGUAUAGGUAAUGGGCUAAUCUAUCUUCAGUUUUGAAUAAAAUAAUGUUUCUAACAU